GUCUGUAGUGAAAACUGCCUUGGAUAAGAGUUUUCUCCUACAAAUGACAGAUGUCAAAGUGGGACUGCAGAAAAAGGAACAAAUGACCCGAGACUGAAUGUCACAGCAGGUGAAGGAGGAGAAGGGUGUGUGAACACUGAUGAAUGAGCUGUGAUGGAUAACAAGGACUCAGAAGCUGAGAUCCACCCUCUCAAGACUGAGGAUGUAAAAGCUCAGGAGAACCAUGAACACUAUGUGGAGAGGAGGAUUGUCAAGUCCUCGGGGCUGUCCCGGCUGUCCCGGUGGCGCACUGCUGCCUUCUUCAUCUCCCUCUUCCUCUGCCUGAUCAUUGUGUUUGCUUUCUCCUUCAUCAUUCCCUGCCCAGAGAGACCAGUUUCAGAAAGAACGUGGUUCCAGUACUUCAACAGCACAGUGCCCUACCCGUUCCUUGCUAUAGCAGACGUGAGUGAAGACAAAGUACAAGAUGUGCUCUUUGCUUUCAAAUCCAGCAACAGCAGCAGAUUCAACAUGUCCUGUCUGGAUGAAGGGCUGCCGUCUCCCUGUGCCUUCAUCGCUGCAGUGUCUGGCAGGAAUGGCAGCGUGCUCUGGGAGAGCCCAGCUGCAGAGGACAUGCAGUGGCUGCAGUGUGACAUCCAGCAGCUGGGCACGGCAGCCACCCCGGGCUGCCUCGUGGUGGAGAAGCCGCUGUCCCUUACAGCAGUCAGCCUGAACACAGGGGAAGUUCUGUGGAGGCAACCCCGUGACUUUGGAGCUAAUUAUACUGUGCUGACUCCUUUAUCAGUGAUUCCAGAUGUGGAUAAUGAUCGAGUUCAGGACCUGAUAAUCUUUAUUACUAAAGAAGGCCAGGUGAAGAUCUUCAUCUAUUCAGGAAAAACUGGCCAGCAGAUUGGCUCCAUGGGCAGCCUGAGGGUGGAUGGCAUUGCUCGCUACGUCAGGCUGCAGCUGCACUCCUCCUCCUACUUCCUUUUCUACACAGAGAAGUCUGUCUAUGCAUAUUCCCUGGGAGAUCUGUGCAGUACAGUAGUUGGGGUGCAAGUUAAGCUUCCCAGCUUCCAGCUGGAUUCUCAUUUGGAGAAGAACAUUGACCGUGCCACACACCUCUUAUCCCUUCUCAGAUUUGAAGACAUUCGCUACCUGGCAAAAGUUCCUGGGCGCUCACGGGACAACAUCUUGGUUGUGGACUCAGAGACUGCUACACUGAUCAGGACAAAAGAUCUCCACGCUGUGUGGACCCUCAAUGUGUCCCGUGUUUUGAGUGAGCCACUGCUCGGUUACUACAAACCUGAUGGCCGUGGUGUUGUCCUGGAGAGUGAAAUUGGAUCCAACAGGAAGAAGGUUAUGAUUGUUGAGAGUGAAUCUGGAGCAAUCCAGUGGGAGCUGAAGCUGAACUCGGGACCAGGGAGCCCUGGCCCAGCCACUCUUUCCACUGCGGAUCACCGCUCUGCCUUCCUCAUGUGGGGAGACUACCAGGAGCCAGGCAAUGAGACAAGACCCAGAGCUCCUCUCCAGAAGCUGUACCUCUUCCACCCUUCCUACACUAAUGUUGUGUUGGAGCUCCGCAACAGCACUGACCAAAUCAUUGCGUUCACUGCGGCGCUGUUCGAGCGGAGCCGUCACGCCUGCUACGUGCUGCUGCGGGGCCCCCAGCCCGGGGAGGGGCCAGGCCCUGUGUCCCUGAUGAAGAGGAAGCUGAAGGAGGAUGUGGCAGUGAGCAGGGUGGUCUGGCUGCGCCGCACGCCCGGGGACGAGGAGCAGCACAUCCGGGACCGCCUCUACAGGAUGCGAUUCCAGAGCCAAGACUGAGCUGAGCGGGGAACAGGAGAGGCUGCCCUGCUCUGCAGCCGUGCUCUCAACAAGCCCAGAGCCUGGAGUCCCCUGGGAAGCUGCCUUUCUUGAUCCACAAACCAAAGUGUGGCUGGCAGGGAAGCACCCCCAGUGUCUAGGGACGCCCAGGCUGUGGGGGCAGCUGCCAGAGUGUCCGUCCUCAGAGCUGAUGGAACUUCAGUGCUUGGCCACCACUGAAGUGUCAUCAGCUCAGGGAGGAGGGCUUUCCCCUCCAUCCCUCUGUGUCCACAGAACUGUGCUGACUCAGGAGUGUGUCUGGAGGAAAACGUGCUUGCUGAGGUGCCAGAAUUGCUGAUUUCUGGGAUGCCUGAGAAGUGGAGUUGAAUGUCUGGGAAGUGGAGUUUGCUGUGUGGUGUUAGAUUUCCUUUCUGAGUCAGCUCUCCUGGCUGGGGAGAGGUGCUUGGCUGCAAGUUGAUUUGCAAUUACCCUCUCCUGGAUUUGGACCAUGCUUCAGUAGUUUCUGGGGGGAUGUGUGGUGACCCCAGCCAUGGCUGUGGUGUGUCUGGUGUCACUUGGGCCGGCAAAGCACAGGUUAAAGUGUCAUUCUACUUAGCAAAUGGCCUUUUCUUCCAAGAACAGCCCCGUGUGUCCUACUCUGCAGUCACCAGCCUGCCUGUGUCUGUGUCCUCUGCUGCUUCCUUCCCAGCCAGGCUGUGCAGUGUUGGUGGCACUGAGAGUGAGCUGGUCUCCCACCUGAUGGAUGCAUCAAUGUUCCUCCCUUCCCUCAGCCUGCUUAUCGGUGGUGGGAGAUCCACCCUGAGCCCAGCCUGGCUGGUCCCUGGAGGUACCACCACCACCUCUCCAGGUUUAAGGAAUCAGAGGAUCUGGCUUGAGUAGAAUUGGACUUUAACCUUUUCUGGGAGCUGGGAUUGCUGCUCUGGGAAGCCCUGUAUCCAAGUGGCAGUGCCAGCACCCUGCUCAUUCAGCCUUGCAGCUGCUGAGGAGCCUUCUCCAAGCACUGUCCCUGCUGCCAGGAGGUGGGCAGGAACUCUGUGCUGCCUCCCUGCCCUUGGAAUUGAAGUGAUGCUGGGUGAGGAUCCCCAAGCACUCUCCUCUUUGCCCAGCCUGGUAUCCUGAGGGAAUGGGACAGGUUGCUGUGUGAAGAUGACAUGUUUCUCCUGGAGAUCCGUGUAGCACCGUGAGGUGGUUGCUCUGCCCUGUCCUGAUGGGUUCCAGUGCAGGCUGGAACAAGGUGCAGAGCCUUGAAAACAGUUUGAACCAGCUACUCAGUCCUGAAAAUAAAAACAGGCCUAAAAAUAGCCUCUCUCAGGCUCUGCAGUGCUGGAGGGGGUUUGGCCAGUGCCUCCCUCCCUUGCUUAGUCUGACACUGGGGGAUGUGUAGAAACACUGUAGGACGGGAAUGUGCAGCAUCAGGCAUCAGCUCUUCCCUUCAGCCACUGCUGGGCCCGAAUGUGCCACUGGGCAGCUGCUGUCCCCAGCUCACAGCACAGCCCCAGCCCUCCCAGGCUGACAGCCCAGGGAGCUGGGCUGCCUGGACCUCCUGCUUCCAGCCCUGUGUUCCUCUGCCCCGUAUCCUGGGCAGUCAAGGGAGCCAGCCCUGGGGUGUCUGGCUGUGCAGGAAGCCCAGGAUGCCCUCUGCAGAGUGCUCCACCGCCUUCAAAGCACCCUGGGCUCAAAAUGAUGGGGUUGCCCCUCUGCCUCUCUUCCCAGCUGUUUCUUGAGGGAGCCAGGAGUGCAGGGACGUUCCUCAGCUGUGUCCCCCAGCUUGGGUUUCCUCUUUGCUCAGCGCCUUAGGCCUGACAGCCCCCCAGGUCUCUGUGCCAGUGUUGCAGCCAUAAGAGGGCUGGAUUGAGGCUGCCCUUCAGCCAGCUGGGGCAGGGCACAGGACAGGGCACCCCCAGGCUUGCACUGUAGCCCAGCCUAAGUGCUGGGUGUGGAUUGUUUCCUGCUGAGAUUCCCCUGGCCAGGAGCAAGGGGGAAUGCCUGGGCUGUGUUCUCAUUACUCUCUCCCUCCUCAGAUCCCUACCCAGACCUAACCUUCCCAUAGGCACAUUGAAUGUUCCUUGAGGAGAGCUGGAUUUUCAGCUUUGAGGAGCUUUCCUGGCUUUAAGUUGUCCAGUAAUGUUUCUGGACAGUUUGGAAAUGCAGAUUUUGCUGUGGCAGCUCAAUUAAACAGAUCAGUGCCAAACCAGCACCUUCUUAACAAAACCAGUCUGUUUCCAGCUUGUUUCCUGUGUAAUUUUUUUUUUUUUUUGCAGUAUUUGUUGAAUGACUUUGUGCCUUGAUUCAAUAACUCAGCUGGGUGGCAGUGGCUAUAUCACUGUGUUAUGUGUUAGUGUGGUUUUUAACACUGAGACUGUUUGGUUUGGUUCUUUAAUUUAUUGCAAAUUGUGCCGUACAGGACUUGCUCUAACCAGAAUGGUUUCAAUAAAUCCUCUUUUGCAUUGUUUGUAAA